CUUGAGCUAGUUUGCAGAAUGGAUUCAAUCUUCUCUGUAUUUGGAUAUUUUGUUAACUGGGAUGUCAGAAGUCUGCUGCUCUUCACGCUAGUUUUCAUCCUCACUGCUGAUUAUCUUAAGAACCGUCGGCCGAACACCUACCCUCCUGGACCCAGUGCAAUUCCUAUUGUGGGCAACAUAUUCAAUGUAGCUUACAACAAAACUCAUGAAAGCAUGACACAGUUGGCUGGAAGAUAUGGAGACGUGUACAGCAUGCGAAUGGGCCAGACAUGGGUUGUGGUGGUAAAUGGGUUCAGGGUUAUGAGAGAAGCUCUGGUAGAUCAGGGAGAUGGACUGCUGGACCGCCCAUACCUCCCUCUGGUGCAGGACACAGUCGUUGGACUAGGUGUCGUUUUCACUUGUGGGAAGGCAUGGAGGCAGCAGAGGCGUUUUGCAGUUUCCACUUUCAAAUAUUUUGGAUUUGGCAAGAAGUCUCUUGAGCCUGUCAUUCUGGAUGAAUUUACAUAUUGUGCAAAAGGCUUCAAGAGCUUUAAAGGUAAGCCAUUCAAUCCACAGCUUAUCACCAUGAACGCUAUCUCCAACAUCAUCUCCUCUUUGGUUUUUGGUCAUCGCUUUGAGUAUGGUGAAGAGAAAUUAGUGAAAUUAAUGCAGUUGAUUGGAGAUGGAUUUGAGAUUGAAGCUUCCAUUUGGGCACAGCUUUAUAACGCAUUCCCUCUGCUAAUGAGACGUCUGCCAGGGCCACAUCAAACAGUCCAGCACAUCUGGAACAAUGCAAAAGACUUCAUGCGAGCAGAGAUUAAGGAGCACAAACAGAACUGGGAUCCCUCAGACCAGAGAGACUACAUCGACUGCUACCUGAAUGAGAUUUACAAGAACAAGGGACAGGCUAACAACACUUUUGAUGAAGAAAACCUGAUUAUGUGUGUCUUGGAUCUGUUUGGGGCUGGCUCUGAGACCACAGGCGGCACCAUGCGCUGGGCUUUCCUCUACAUGGCAAAGUACCCCGAGAUCCAGGAAAAGGUCCAGGCUGAGAUAGACAGAGUGAUUGGACAGUCCAGACAGCCGUCCAUGGAAGAUCGUGCAAACCUGCCCUACACUGAUGCUGUUAUACAUGAAAUUAUGAGGAUGAGCAACAUACUUCCCCUCAGCCUGCCUCGUUUUACCACCAGGGACAUCCAGCUGGGAGGCUACACUAUCCCAAAGGGAGUUACAAUAAUCCCCAAUCUGACCUCGGUGCUGUUUGACAAGACUGAGUGGGAGACGCCCGACACCUUUAACCCAGGACACUUUCUGAACAAGGGGGGCAAGUUUGUGAAGCCAGCUGCUUUCAUCCCGUUCUCUGCUGGUAAGCGAAUGUGUCUUGGGGACAAUAUGGCCAAGAUGGUGCUUUUCCUCUUCUUCACCUCCUUCAUGCAGCACUUCACCUUCUCCAUGCCUGCUGGAGUGAAACCUGAGAUGGACUACCGCUUUGGCGUCACUCUGGCACCAUGUCAAUAUGAAAUAUGUGCAACCUCACGCUAAGAGUAUCUCUAAUAUAAAGAAUACUAAAGCAAUAUGAUUUUUUGUGCUAUGUUUUUUUCUGUCUUCACAACUUCUCAUUAUGGUCACUAUGACAGGGUUUAGUUACAAUAGGGUAAACACAGUAGCUCUCUGUGGGUUUGAUGGUGAUUUUGUGAUGUGUUGUAAAAUAGUGUAACAUUUCAUACACAGUCCUCAAAACAGGAGAGAAACCCUCCAGGAUGUGCCCAUGCCCUGAAAUUCAACUGUCUGAACAAUCAAGGGGGUCCAACACAACAAAGACCUGCUUGAAUCCCUAUCUUCUUCUAUUCUAUUUUCUGACAAGUACACUUUAUAUAUUAGUCACUUUGUUAUUGAAUUGUAUAGACAAUGAGGCCUCAAAACUAAAUUACUUCUAUUUAAAUAAGUGUGCUCAUUAAUUCUGUCAGUAUUUGUAGGUAUGUCAAAGAGCUCGUGGGUGGCACGACAGUAGUAGUUGAG